AUGCUUGGACUGCUUUAUGAACUACGGGAAGUAGCAAUAUUUCUAGAUUUGCAGCAAAAGGCAGAUUUUCAUGACAAGUUCCAGUCUGAAGGCUUUCAGUCAUCCCUAGCUUACCUGGUGGACAUCUUCGAAGCAUUGAAUGCUCUCGACCUUAAACUACAAGGGAAACAUAACAUUCACACACACCACGACACCAUUCGAACCUUCAUGGCCAAACUCGACCUCUGGAAAUGUCGAAUUCAGCUGGGAAAUAGAGCCAGUUUUAGUUACUUGGAUUCUGCUCUCAUUCACGGAAACCUUGAUUCUGAGUUUAAAAGACAAAUAAUCACUCAUCUAACUGAUUUAAAAACAGAAUUCAUCAGAUACUUCCCAGCUAUAGAUGAAAAGCGUGAAGCUUGGAAAUUCAUCCGGAACUAA